AUGGACAGACUGUUUGGGAAAUGGCACGGAGUUUGCCGUUUUGCGUUGUUCACUUGCUUUUUGGAUGCAGUCCGGGGACAGAUCCGCUACUCCAUCCCGGAGGAACUGGAGCAUGGAGCGUUUGUUGGCAACAUUGCAGAGGACCUGGGCUUGGAUUUGGACAAACUCUCUGCGCGCAGAUUCCGGAUAGUCUCGGGUGCCAAGAAGCAAUAUGUGGAGGUAAAUUUAGAAAAUGGAGUUCUCUUCGUCAACGAGAGAAUUGACCGUGAGGAACUGUGCGAGCAGAGUUUGUCCUGCUCUUUUCACCUGCAAGUGGUCAUCGAAAGCCCUCUGGAGCUGUACAGGGUAGAGAUGGAAAUUCUGGACGUGAACGACAACUCUCCCAGUUUCCCGUGGACCGAGUUCAAUCUGGACAUAUCGGAGUCCGCCGCGCCAGGGUCCCGCUUCCCACUUGAGAGCGCACAGGACUUAGACGUCGGCCCCAACUCGCUGCGCACCUACUUGCUGAGUGUGAACGAGCACUUCCUUUUGGAUAUACAGACGCGCAGCGAUGGCAGUAAAUUUGCAGAACUAGUCCUACAGAACUCACUGGACCGAGAGCAGCAAAGUGCGCACCAAAUGGUCCUAACGGCGGUGGAUGGAGGCGCACCGGAGAGAUCCGGCACUGCGCAAAUCGAUAUCACGGUUUUGGAUGCAAAUGACAACGCGCCCGUGUUUGACCAGUCGUUUUACAGAGUCAGGCUGGCGGAAAACGCACCCAAAGGCACAGUUGUCAUAAAACUCAACGCGUCCGAUUUAGACGAGGGUCCUAAUGCGGACAUCACCUAUUCAUUCAGCGGCCACGCGCCCAUCAAAGUGCGCCAGCUUUUCAGCGUGGACUCGCGCACGGGGGAAAUCAAAGUCAAAGGAGUGAUAGAUUACGAAAAGGCCAGGAUGCAUGAGAUUUAUGUGCAGGCGAAAGAUAAAGGGCCCUCCGCUGUGGCAGUGCACUGCAAAGUGCUGGUGAACGUGUUGGAUACAAAUGACAACCUCCCGGAGGUGAUCCUCACGUCGGUGUCUACACCUGUGCAGGAGGACGCGCCCCCGGGCACGGUGAUAGCCGUCAUCAGCGUGAUGGACAAGGACUCGGGUGAAAACGGGAACGUGGACUGCGAGAUCCCACACCACGUCCCAUUCCAGCUCCACUCAUCCUUUAAGAACUACUACACUUUAGUAACUUCAGAUUUUCUGGACAGAGAGGCAGUCGCAGACUACAACAUAACCCUCACCGCCCGAGACAUGGGCUCCCCACCUUUAUUCACGAGGAAGACCAUUUUGGUCCAAGUGUCUGAUGUGAACGAUAACGCGCCCCGCUUCAAGCAGCCCUCCUAUACGGUGUAUCUGACCGAGAACAAUGCACCGGGGGCAUCCAUUUGCUCGGUGACCGCACUGGACCCAGAUUAUGGUCAAAAUGCAUACCUCUCCUAUUCUAUAGUGGAGGGUGACAUACAGGGGAUGCACGUGUCCACGUACGUGUCCAUAAACUCAGACAACGGAAACAUUUACGCGCUGCGAUCCUUUGACCACGAACAACUUAAACACUUCCAGGUCACCGUCCGAGCUCAAGACGCCGGGUUCCCACCUCUGAGCAGCAACGUCUCCGUGAACAUCUUUAUUUUGGACCAAAACGACAACGCGCCCGUGAUCGUGUCCCCUGUUGCGCGAAACGGCAGCGCGCCCAGCGGAACGGUGCCCCGGUCCGUGGACGCCGGUUACCUCGUCGCCAAGAUCAGCGCGGCGGACGCGGACGAGGGUCAAAACUCGCGUCUGUUUUAUCAGCUGCUGCAAGCAACGGACCCGAGCUUGUUCAGCAUCGCUCUGUACACGGGAGAAAUCAGGACGAUGCGCCCGUUUGCGGAGAAAGACGCCACGAGGCACAGAUUGGUCAUUCUUGUGAAGGACAAUGGUCAGCCGCCCCUCUCGGCCACUGUUUCCAUCAUCCUGUCAGUGGUUGACAGCCUGCCAGAUUCCAAGCCCGAUUUGGGAGACCUGUCACUAAGCCCACAUCACAGCUCCAACUUCACCCUGUACUUAAUCGUGUCUCUGGGCGCCAUCUCCUUCACAUUUCUCGUGGCUAUCAUUGUCCUGGUUGCUGUGCGCAGACUGAAGGGCAGAGCGUCCGGCGGAGAGUCUGACUUCCCCUCGGUCGGCGGAAGCUGCGGGAGCUGCUGCUGCUGCUGCUGCUCUCGCUCGGAGACCUCCACCACCACAGAGGUGUUCAAGAAGUCCAACUUGAACGUCCGGAUGUCCGCAGGCGCGCCCGGCUGCGCGGAGACAAACGGCAACGGCGCUCUGCCGCAGGUCUACUGCUACAAAAUGUGUCUGACACCGGAAUCGUCCAAAAGUGACUUCAUGUUUCUGAAGCCUUGCAGUCCGGUGAUGUCAGUUCAGCAGAACAACGCCAAGAGCACCGAUUACCUCACUUCUGGCUGGAGCACACUGGACCGCAAUGAACUGGGCAACAACAGAGCGGCGACCCCAAACGAGCUUAAGUAUUCAAACAAGGACUGGACCUGGACCAAGAACCAACGCAACUCAGCAUACAAGAGGUACAGUUCAGCAAACAUGGAGGGCACUCUCACUCGCCAACAAAAGUCCGACGACCAUGGGUUUUCCUGCUCUGUGGCACCACAGUACUGGACCUGGGGGAACCACAUGAAUGACUGCCAGAUAUCUCUUCAAGAGGGAGCAGUCCCUCACUACUCGUGGACCCCCAAGUACACUCAGCCUCACUCUGAACAACCAGACUACCAGCACAACGUCUACAUACCUGGCACCACGUCUGACUACAGCACUCUGAAGCUGGCACCCAGAGGAGAUCUGGAUGUGUACAACACGUUCUCUACUUUUGGAAAGAAAAAGAGAUUCAUCUCAAACUAUGAACAAUCUUUUGACAACGAUGAUAGUCUCAUCGUCAGUAACGACAUCUUCAAAUGA